GGUAAGCGAACAACUUUUCCAAAAUGGCGGCGUCUCUUUCGAUACAAUUGCCCUGGCAACGCAAACAAACAGCAGCGAAAAGUUUCAGUGUGAUUGCCUCUUCUUCGACUGGUAAAGUUUUAUAGGGCGAAGGUAUGACGAACUGGGCGGACAAGCAGAAGAAGGAACCUGAACCCGAACCACCGUUCAGAAUAACACCUAGGGACAGCAAUGAUCCCAGCUACACCAACUUGACGCUGCCAUAUCGAGUGAUCUGUCGCCAACGUUACCGUCGGGCUGGCAAGCUGCAAAGGGCCCAAUUCAUAAACGAAAUCAAGGAGCACGAACUUCUGCAGGCCCGAGCUCUUGGAGGAGUUCGCAUCCACAGGGAGUUUUGCAACGCCAUCUUGAGCAUGCCAAACUUGAACGAUCUCAUCAAAUUGAGCAUCAAUGAGAACAUGCGGCUGGAAGAAAUUCUCAAUACGAAGUAUUAAAAAGCACAGGCAAUGUCUGGAGAUUGUGGUGGAUCAUUAGAAUAAAGGACUGAGAAAUAUUACAUAGUGCUUGAUUUCAACUAACUGGCUAUUCAUACA